AUGGAAACGAAAUUAAAAAGUUUUUCUAAAUUUCUUUCUCAUCCUACAUCAAGGCUUAUGAUUGUAUGUUACACGUCAGUUAAAAACGAUAAAACCAAAAAGAGAGAAAGAAAAAUUCCAACAUUUCUUUUAUCUCCAUCCACUUCCGAGAGGUUUAAGUUAAGUGAAAUUGGCAGGCAGCAUCGUUGCGAGGUGAAUGUAUGCGUAGACUUUUUUUCCGAAUCUGAUUAG